AGGCAUACUGAGUAAUGCUGGAGUACAGUUUUGGCAUAUGAAGAAUUGAUCGCUUUAGUUGCCAACUAUGCAAAUGGUAAGUACUACCCCAGAGAGCAAGCAGCAAAAACAGCCGCCGUCACCAUCCUUUCUCACCUCCACCCUUGUUUGGCCCUCGCAAUUACAUCGUUACAAACCUCACACCGGUAAAAGGAUCAUUCAACAAUCCUCUCUCAUCCCCUUCACAAUAUCCCAUCUCUGUCCGUAACAUUUUACCGCGGAAACAGACAAAAGAAGAUUUUUCAUCCCUGCGAGGAUGCCGCUCACAAACUUUGACGCUGUCUCCAAGUCGUUCAAUACAAAUCGUCACGACCUCUUCCCCACUUCCUACAUCCCAUCUUUCAGCCCCCCUUUCUAUACUUCACUCUCAGACGAACUUUUCUAUCCUAGUGCUCCACCACCACAACAACAGCAACAGUACAAGCCACAAUUAUCACAACAGCAAAACCACGACACUCAAUCCUAUUCCGAAGAAGAAAGUGAGAUAUUCGAAAAAGAUCUACCUCCCGAACCAAAGCUUGAAAAUACCAGACUUAGGAAACGACGUCGUGCUUACCUCUGGUGCAAGAACAAAGUAUUCUCAGUCGAUUGGAAAGGUCUGACGUCUCGUAUACUCACAAGUUCGUAUCUCCUUCGUCUUUUUCGCGAACCCACCCUUGAAUCAAUCCAACGUCCAAAUCUACAAACACCCAUCAUACCCCUAUUUGUAACCCCAAGGAACAAGAAGCAAAAGAAACUAACUUUAUCCACCCAUCAUGACAGCCGACUGGUUAGGGCCUCGUACGUUCCCCAACUUGUGGAUGAAAGUCUGCAAACUAUGGGUCAUCGUUGCGUUAGGCGCCCUGGUCAUGCCUCUGAUUGUUUGGAUCAUGAUCUUUAUUGAAAACACAAAAACUUUCAGCGACACCAUGAAUCAUUACCUUGGCAACGACCAAUCAGUCUAUGACCGAAUGGACGGAGAUCCAGAUGCGGGGUAUGUAGGAAACACAAAUAUUCCUAAACAUCUCGGUGGUGUCGUAUUCGCCGCGGCGUUCGAUAUCGCCAUGUGGGUGAUCAUCAUCAUCGCCGCGUGUGCCGAUCUUUUUUGGAGGUUCCCUAUCUGCAAACAGCUCAUCGAUGCCUUCUACGCUCAAGGGCUACAUGAUGCCAAAGGUUUAGUGGAUAUCGAGUUUUUUUUCCUCGUCGCCAACGCGUUCCUCAAACUCUUCAUCGUAGCAGCUACCGGCUCUCAAACCUACACCGGCCUAUACCCAGACAACAAACAAGUCGAUACCCCCCUCUUUUGCCUUUAUGCGACCAUGAUCUUGUUGUGCAGUAUACCUCUAACUUUAAUCGCGCUUUUCUUCAUCCUGCAUGCUAUGAAACGGGAAGAGUACACAGCUGCCCAAAAGAUGACUGCUGCAUAAAAAAUAAGAGCACACAGCGUAAGAGUAUUUUGCGAGCAAGCGAGAAGUACUAGCAAAAGCAAAAGUAUUAAGUAUAAGACAAAACAACAGCAAAAGCUGGAGAGGAACUCUCAAAUCAUCAAGGAUCCUUCGUCGGUCGUUCUCGGAUGGUCAAGCAAGGAAGGACAUUUGCCAUCAUCUUGUUCCUGUCAAAGAUUUACCAGAGGACUUUUUUGGAGGAGAGCCGGUAUCACGGGCCUUGCCGACUUGCAAAUCCAUAGGCACAACCGAUUAAGGACGAUUGUAUGGUCCGCCUUUGUAGCAUUCAAAUGCGAUGAAUGUAUGAUACAUGAUAAUAGCGGUGCAGGAAGCAGUGACACUUUGAUUAUCGAUCGUAAUAAAUGGAUAAGGGGAUGAGUGAAGUCUGGCUUUUCCCCGUCAUGUGCAACG